AUGAGUUGGUCAAGCAGUGCGCAAUUCAAAGAGGACACGCGUCGAAGUCCAACCGAGGCCACGAGUUCACCACGGCCUCGUAAUGCUUUUUCACCUUCAGUGGCUUCUGGGCGACGCGAUAGGAGCAAUUCUAUACCAGAAUCUCGAAAACGGAAAGCGCGAGACGAAGGACAUAUCCGUAACCUUGAACCUCCUAGGCAGCGUCACAAAACAGAUGGCGCUGUACGCGAACUUUCAAAUCCUCGGCAACAACAGCCACAGUCAAGCCUGUCGAGUACGACAGCUGCAUCCCGACAACACAGACGAUCUGCUUCCACGCAAUCUGCAGUGCAGGGUUCUUCCUCCACUCAAGGCCGAAAGCGACGCGAUGCUUCUAAUCUUAUUAUCAGUACGCACGAUCAUAGAGCUUGGUCUUCACAUUCUAGUUCGGAUGAAGACUCUUCUCCUCGUCGACCCUCGCAACCGAAGCUCCAGCAUAUGCGCCUCAAGAGAUCAUCCCAUAGAUCGCUCACCUCACCUGCAAGGACGAUGCCAAAGAAAGAUACUGACAAAUUCGGCGCAACCAAGCUUGCACGAGAAGCUGAGCGAGGUGACCUCAAAUCAGUCAUUGCCGCGUACAACGAGAAAAAUGACGACUUGAAUCGUCCUGAUUUUGCUGGAUUCACACCACUCCAGAAGGCCGCUCUCAAUGGGUAUGAUGACGUCGUAAAGUUCCUCAUUGACAAAGGGUGCGACACGUCAUGCCAAUCAGGUGAUCGUGAUACUCCACUUAUUGAUGCGGCGGAAAAUGGCCAUAUCGAGGUUGUGAGGCUCUUGUUGCGUCAGGGGAAAGUUAAUCCACAUCAUCAGAACAAGAAGGGUCAGCGCGCAAUCGACGUGUUGAAAGACGGUAGUGACUUCGAGGAGCUUGAGAAGGAACUCAAGGAAGCUAUGUUGAGGGAGGCCGACACGAGCGCAAACAAGGAAGAAGACAAAGCCAAUCUACCCAGUAAACAAGCAUCAAGUCUGCUCUACAAUGAGUAUAACGUUGAGACUAUGAAGGAUAAAGCCGCUGAGGGCAAUGUGCAGCUUGUCGGGGAGUUGCUUGAAAGUAGAGUAAAGCCUAACAUAGCUUGCGGGAUUGCUGCUGCUCGUGGAGGUCACGAUGAUAUCCUCAGUCUAUUCCUUGCUGAGGGACUGAAAGCAGACCCCGAUCCCGCCAAACACAGCGAAACCUACAUGACAGUCGCCAUCGGGAGAGGUCACCUCAGAGUCAUAGAGCUUCUACUCAAUCAAGAAAAUUUCGAUCCGACACGAGAGAAUCGUGAAGGCCUCAAUUACUGGCAGUUGGCUGAACAACGACGGGGUCCAAAAUGGGAACAAGAGCGGAGCCUACUGAAAGAAAGGUACGAUGCAUAUUUGAACAAGAGAAGCCCUAAUAGAUCACGAAAACAUGCUCCUGCUUCAUCAAACUCACCACCGCCCGCUCGAACGAAGCUAGCACGCCGAUCGUCGCCGCAGCCAACCGAUCGAUCAUUAUCCCCU